AUGGACAGAAACCAAGCGUCUUCACGUUCGCGGAAGCCAGCACCCCCACAAGCGGCCUCCUUGAAGCCGUUCUCUCCGGUCGACACGGCGUGGUCCCUUGAUCAAGCACUGCUGGAAGACGUAAGAUGUCCCGAAGAGGAAGAGGACUCGAAUCAAUGCCUGGUCUUGUCCGGGCUCCCACCAAUAUAUCGCCCAAGACCUUUCCUCAUCGACAUGUCAGGGCCCGAACGCUGGCUCUUCCAGUACUAUGUCGAGAGGCUCUCAGGGUUGCUCGUUAAUGCCAUCGGCCACGAGAAUCCACUUCGCUCGCUAAUUGUGCCGCGCCUACUAUCCUCGCCGCUCCUGCUGCAGACUGUCUGCGCUGUCUCGGCCCUGCACCGAUCGAGCUAUGCGGACGGUGACGAGCGGACGACGUAUCAGACGGCGGCGACGGGGUAUUAUGUCCAGGCUCUCGCCGACCUGAGAGACCUUAUCCUGCAAGGCGAUACUCUACUGAGUGAUUCCGGGCUCCUUCAAAUUGUUCUACUAUCGUCCAUCUUCUUGUGCAAGUACGAGAUAAUCAAGGAUGGGGUUACGAGCUGGCGGCGGCACCUCGAAGGCCUAGAAUCGUUCUCCCGGCUACUGGAGGGCGAUGCCUGGGGAGCGUCUAUGCCCGAUAUAAUGGUGUUUUCACAGAGUUUUAUCACAUAUCACAAGGGAAUCGCCAGUUUGACUGAACAGGGUGUAUCCAUCAUGGAGCCUGACGAGAGCUUCCAGAGUACCCGACAUGAUGCCUUUUCGGACACACUGGGACAGAAUACAUAUCUGCAAGCCGUAGACCCGUACAUGGGCUUUUCACGAAGCUUGAUUGUGCUGUUGCGCCGGGUGAUGGGGCUUCUUAGUUUCAAGCUCGAGGACGGACGAGUACUCCCUCGAGUCAAGCUGGAGAUUAAAUCUAUAGUUGACUUGCUCAGCCGGAGGAACUGGACAGCCGAACACUUUCUCAUCCCGAAGGGAAUGACGCAAGAAACGGUCGGGCGGCUGGAGCAUGUAUCACGGGCGUACGAGAGCGCCGUCUACGCCUGUUUACACUCGAUGAUCGAGGAGCUGUCGGCGCGAGAAGGGACUGCAGAGGUGUGGGAAGAGCUCCGCGGCAUGCUUCCCGUGAGCAAAGAGGCGGCGCUAACGGGCUGCCUCGCGGACAUCGGCCUGGUGCCGUGCGACUGCCCUGAGGAAGCGGGCCUGCUACCGGUGCUCUUCAUCGUCGCCUGCGAGACCGACAGCCCGGAGCAGAUGACAACGGUGCUGCGGCGGGUCACAGUGCUGGAGGCCCACGUAGGCCUGGGCAACAUCCGGUACGCGGCCGCCCUGCUGCGCGAGGUCUGGCAGCGGCGGAUACAGCUUCAGCGCUGGCAGGACUGGCGGGGGCUGCUGGCCACGUCCAACUGGGACCUGAUCAUCACGUAA